AUGAAAAAUAAAAUUAGUUAUUUAAAUGAUGAUCGUCAUACAAUUAAAAGAGUAAAAAGAUCAAAUCCAAUUUUAUUUAUAAAAACUCCAUAUAGUAGAGAAGCAAUGAAGAAAAAGUAUUUUAAAUUUUAUUUGAUACAUGGUUUCACAACUGGUUAUAUUAGUCGUAGUGGUACUUUGGAAAAUAAAAAAAAGAAUUUAUCUUUUAAAAAAUCAAAAAAAAAUUUAAAUUCUUAUUUAAAUUCAUUGAACAAAGAUGGUGCUGAUCAAGUAAAUGAUGAAAAUGUACAAAAUGAAGAAAAUGAUGAAAAUCAAGAAAAUGAUGAAAAUCAAGAAAAUGAUGAAUAUGAAGAAAAUUAUGAUGAUGAAGAGAACCAAGGAAAUGAUGAAUAUGAAGAAAAUGAAAGUGUUGAAAACCAUUUUGAAAGUGAUUCUGAAAAAGGAGAUUUUGAAGAAAUGGAUCAAACUUGGAAAACCAAUGAAAAAGACAAUGAAAAAAGUGACAAUAAUGAUAAUGGUGAUGAAAACAAUGAAAAAACUAAACCAAAUCAACAAUUACAAUUUAUUGGACUUCAUCGUAAAAAAGAAAACCAAGAUGAGGAUUCAAACAAAACCAAGGAAAUUGAACAACAACAACAAAAUCAAAAACAACAACAAGUCAAUGAUGAAGAUUGUUCAUCAAACAAACAAAGUAAUUCAUUUUCUGGCAAUGUCCUAGCCUUUGGCAAUAUGAUUUUAAAAGGUCUUUCAUUUUCUGAUUUAACAGGAAAUAAUAAUAAUAAUAAUAUUAAUAAUAAUAAUAAUAAUAAUAAUAAAAAUAAUACCAACACUAAUUAUACCAAUAAUGUUGUAGUUAAUGAUAAUAUUUGUGAAAAAGACAAAGAAAAUACACAAGAUCAACAAACAAAUACAGUUACAGUUUCAACUACUAUUAUCAAUACAACCACAACUUCAACCACUUCUGAAAAUAGUAAUACAAUUGAUAAAAGUAAUGAUAGUAUAAAUGAAAGUGGUAUUAGCUCAUUGGAUGAAUCAAACAAUUCAACUAGUGGCGAUUUAAUUUCUUCAAAUUCUUCCUCUUUCAGUUCAAUGGAUGAUAUAUAA